CAUUCACGUAUGCUUCGUCCGGUUCUAAAGACGUGCUCGACGUCCUACUCGUCGUUUUGUUCGUGUGAAGUUAGCUUGUGGUGAGGUUCAGUGCGAAAAAAAUAGCAGGAAAAAAAGUAUUUUUCCAUCCAGAAAAAAAUCGCGUGCUGUGCUGAAAAUUCGCGGCGCGAGGCUGGUGAGUUUCGUAGAAAGCAGGUGAAUUACCGCUCGGUGCAAAAGUGUAAAGUGAUUCCGCAAGUGCUGAAAAGUGUGAAUCCGUGAAGUUGGUAGAUUUUGUAGGGUUAGAGGAGGCAAUAGAAGAAAAAAAGUCCAGCCAGUUAGCUUAGCUAGUCACAGGAGGGGCUCCGUAAGAGAGAAACAGACAGACGGUGCCAGAGAGAGAUAGAAAAGAGCGAAAAAAGGGGUUCUCGAAGCAGCGCCGCGCACCAGCAGCAGCAGCGGCGGCCUGGCAAGAUUUCCUUCCUGAAAUAUACUUGUCAUCGCCCACGGUCAAACUGUUACUCCGCAUAGACCGGCAACGUUUCCGACGAACUCGAUUCAUCUCAAUCACAAUCACGAAAUCAACACUACCUGUCCAGGGGAAACAGCAGACGCAAUCCCAUCCUACCGCUGCUCUGCUAGAUUGUGUGUGAGAUAGAAAAACAGAGAGGGAGAGAGAGUGUGUAGGCGGUGGGAGAAGCAGCGUGUCAACAGCGCGCCAGCAGCAGCGGCCCGGUUCACGCUGAACUGAAAAAAUGUCGCUGUGGGCACGCGUCAACCAGCUGCCACAGCCAGUCCUGGAGCAGAUCCGGUAUAUCUACGGUAAUAACUUUCCGAUCGAGGUGCGUCACUACCUGGCAGAAUGGAUUGAGGAACGAUUACUAAAUGCGCCGACCUUCCAGCACGAUCAGGAAGGUAGCUGCGAGCAAGACGCAGCCACCUUCCUCAAUCAACUGAUCAAUGAACUCGAAAGGACGGCUAUCAACCUGCCGGAAGACAACGUAACCGGUCGUAUCCGGUUGAACGAAUCGGCCCGUAACUUCCGCCAGCUGUUUUCCCACAACCCGUCCCAGCUGUACUUACAUCUGAUCAACUGUCUGCAACGGGAACGGCAGUGCAUUGCCUAUCCGGAGGAAUGUGUCAACGUACAGGAUCCCGAAAUUAUCGAAGUCAUCAAUGGACUACAGGACCUACAGCGAAUGGUGCUGGAAAACGGCAAUGAUAACCGUAAUUUGGUAAAGGAUUACGAACAUCUGCUGCUGGAAAUUCACGAAAUUACCAAAAAUAAAGCACAGUUGGAAACGAUAGAAAGCCUGCCGGUUAGAGAACAUGCCAGAAACACACUGGUACAGCAGGAACGACAAGUCACCGAAAUGGUCAACCACAUAACCGGCAACCGGCUAAAUCUGGUGAACAAAUUCCGUUCGACGAUCCAGGUUACGUCCCGUGUGCAGGACAAGGUGCUACACAAGUACCUGACCCAGUGGAAGAUCAACCAGGGUUUCGCCGGUAAUGGUGCAUCCGGGAUGAGUGCCAGCAAUCUGGACACAAUUCAGGCGUGGUGCGAAAAUUUAGCGGAAAUCAUUUGGAACACCAAAGAUCAGAUCCGGCUAGCGAUGAAGAACAAGUCCAAGCUCAACAUCGAGGAGAACAAUCUGCCCGACUAUCUGCCACAGCUGCUGGUGGAGGUGACUAAUCUGCUGAAGACACUGAUUACGACCACAUUCAUCAUCGAGAAGCAGCCACCGCAGGUGAUGAAAACGAACACCCGGUUCGCGUCGACGGUGCGGCUACUGAUCGGCAACACGCUCAACAUCCGGAUGAGUAAUCCGUUGGUGCGUGUUUCAAUCAUUUCAGAGGCCCAGGCACAGGCCACGCAGCAGUCCAACAAAGCGUCCGAGCAGUCUUGCGGGGAAAUAAUGAACAAUACAGGAAAUCUAGAGUACAACGAAACUACUAAGCAGUUAUCGGUUAGUUUUAGAAAUAUGCAACUUAAGAAAAUCAAGCGAGCAGAGAAGAAGGGCACGGAAAGUGUGAUGGAUGAAAAGUUUGCCCUGUUAUUCCAGUCCAGUUUCGCUGUCGGCCAUGGCGAUUUAGUCUUUUCGGUCUGGACGAUCUCACUCCCGGUGGUCGUGAUCGUGCACGGCAACCAGGAACCGCAAUCAUGGGCCACCAUCACCUGGGAUAAUGCGUUCGCCGACAUCAACCGGGUACCGUUCCACGUUCCGGACAAGGUGUCCUGGAAUCUGCUAGCGGAAGCGCUCAACACAAAAUUCCGCGCCUCAACAGGCCGGUCAAUGACUCCGGAAAAUAUGCAUUUCCUGUGCGAGAAGGCUUUCCGAGCGAGUUUGCAGUAUCCGGUGUCGAACGAUCUGACCAUCACCUGGUCCCAGUUUUGCAAGGAACCGCUGCCCGAUCGGACGUUUACCUUCUGGGAAUGGUUCUACGCGGCGAUGAAGGUCACCCGGGAGCAUCUACGGGGACCGUGGAAUGAUGGCAGUAUAGUCGGGUUCAUCCACAAGUCGAAGGCGGAAGAUUAUCUACUCAAGUGUGCAAGAGGAACGUUCCUGCUUCGAUUCUCGGAUAGUGAAUUGGGUGGAAUCACGAUCGCCUGGGUGAACGAGAGUAACGACGGGCAACCGCAGAUCCUGCACAUUCAGCCGUUCACAGCGAAAGACUUCGCCACUCGAUCUCUGUCGGAUCGCAUACGCGACUUCGAGGACCUGUUCUAUCUGUAUCCGAACAAACCGAAGAAUGAGGCGUUCGAUCGGUACACGACACCGCCCGGGCAGCCCCGUAAUCGCAACUAUAUCCCCUCGGAAGUGCGGGCGGUGCUUGUGCCGGGACCGAACAAUAACAAUGCCAUCAGCAGCUAUCCAAAUACGCCCAACUCGUACAAUCAUCUGCAAUCGCCGGAUGCUUCGCGGGAUACGCCCACCAGCGGAAUUACCGAUGUGACCUACCGGGAACGGAGCGCCUCCCGACCGAGCAUACUCGGUGAGUUCCGCUACGGGAUGAUCGGAACACAGAACGCGUCCAGUGGUGGAACGGUCUAUGCCUGUAUCGGAUCGCCUGCCUUCUCGGAUACCUCGCCGCAGGGUCCGGCACAGAAAUUUCCACGCGUCACUAGUCCCCUGCAGCAACAACAACCUCCGCCGGCGCUUCCUGCCAGUGUGGAACAGUUCGACGGUGGCGACACCAGCGGCGCUGAUCGCGAUGGUGAUCAACCAAUGAGGGCCAGUACCAACUCACUGACGCUGCGGACUUCGGCCAAUGACGAAACCAUUCAGAAACUGGUGGAAAGCAUGCUGGCCGAUUACCAGGGAGGUCCCGUCGAUGAUGAUUCCAUCGAUCAGCUGAAUAGCAAUCUGUUCAUUGUGAGCAGCAACGGUAGUAGUGCACCGGCGACCAGUGAGACCUAAGGAGAGUGGUGGUGCGUGCUGCGGUCACCGCGUUCGAAGUGCAAGUACAUUUUGUAUUCGAUGAUAUGGGGGGAAACAGUUGGGUGUAUGUGGAUGGUGUGACUUGCAUUGGAAACGAGACCCUGGUUUCCAAUUUCAGUCCGUUUGAAAUUUAUUUAGCCAAGUAACAAUCUAAAAUCUGUUAGGAAUUUUCACGUUAAAGCUAGCAAACAGGCAAAAUAGAUCUUCAAAGAUUCAAAUGAGCAAACAGUUUUAUUACUGACAAAAUUUUGUUUAUUAUGUUCGUUUAUUUGACACGAAACGUUUAGCUAGCUUGAAAGUGCCAAUUUUCUUGAUCGCAAAUUUCAAUUUUCAGGUUUUUAGAUAAUCGUCUUGUUCAGGAUAAUUCAAGAUCGUGGAUUAGCAUGGAAUUGGUAGCAAAUUUAACGAAAUGUGAGAUGUGGCUUAUCCGUGUCCUUCUCGAUUGAUGAUUAGUAACGAAAAAUAUUUCACUACUUAGAUACCUACUGGGUUCCUGUUUUAAACCACCAUCACCUAACCGAUUCUUCCAUCUACCUUGAACAAGAGAAGAGGAGUCACCACAUGCCUUACCCCGCCCGGCAACUCUGUAACUGUAACUGUACAACACUUCCUAGAAAAAGGGCCUUGUUUUUGCUCAACAGUUUGAUGAACAGUAAUUUAGACAUGGGGAAAGGAAAAGUUGUGGCCAUAAGCGAUACGAUUGACUGUGAUGUGUACGAAUGAAUUUUGAUGAAAGUGUGUAACAGCCUAGCAUAUACGUCAACAAGAACGAUAAUCCUUGGAUGCGCUGCAGAAUACGAGAGAAAUUCGGCUCUGCGAUUAGUCUGCCCGGGCAGCAAUCUGUAUUGAAACUAUUAGUAUGUAUUUUGAAGUGAUUUUUUUUCGCUUUAUUUUGCUUUGUUACUGUUAUCAAAAUGGUAGUACUUUUAAGAUUAUAUCGUAGGCCUUUAAAAUUUUUGUUGUUUAUUAUAGAAGUCAAUAAAUGAUAAUAGAAGUUGAGCAACUCGUUUUCACUGAGCUAGCAGCGAGUAGAUAAGUUUUAUUUUGUGUUGCUGUUGCGUUUUUGUUUUCUACAGAUCAGUCUCUACUGUUAUUAAUAAUUGUUUCAUCCAGAUGGCUAUGGUAAGUGUUUAGUUUUAAUCACUAACAACCCUUUCUACUAGGUCAUUGCUGGCUUGAAGGCGGGAACGAUGCUAUAUCUCGAGUUCCUCAUAUUAAUAUUCUAAAUCGAAUUUAUUUCUUCUAAUUAUGCACGAAUAUUUGAUAAAAUUCCGAUAAGUCUGUAUCGGCCUGAAAAUGUUAGAAAUUCGGAAAGGCCUAUUUUAUAGACGUACAUGAUGUGCGUUUUUUUGGGAAAUUUCUCAAAAUAAUGUAACUCCAAUCUGCCAUCACGCAGCUCUGUUUUUAUUUUCUACCCUUUCUCUGAUAUUUUCACGCUCGUCAAGCGCUAGUUUCGCGACUAGUAUCUCUUCUUCGCCGUUUACCUUCUAAUUUUUGUUCGAUUUCUCCGCAACUUGACAGUAACGAAAUGGUUCCUUUCAGUGCUGUCUCAGCCUGGUGUCAUGUGCUACUUGGAAAUGCUGCCUUUUUACUGGAGGAAUUUCUUCGUUUUAACUAAUUCGGAAAAAGACAGUCGUUGGAAUCGAUCAAGUGGUCAUCAGUAUAAUCAAAGCGCGAAUUGUAUUACUUAUAUCGAGAGAGAAGUGGUGUUCUUUUCCGUGUUAUCCGUCGAGCAACUUAACGAAACGGCUAGUACUCUUUACGGGCCUUCGUACGGUGGUGUUAGUGGAAGUUGAGUGCGCCAACUUCAGUGAAAUCGUAUGAACAAGCAGCUAAUUCCUUCUGGAUGUAGGGUUUAUGCUUGGACUUGUUGCUCAUGAAUGUCGGUCGUAGUUUGAUCAUGGUCGUCUUGAGGUCCAUAACCAACUCUAGUGUUAGUGGUUUGGUGGGAACUUCAGUGAAAAAUGCACUGGGCAAACUAUGUGUCGUUCCGUAAAGGUAGCCUCGGCUGACGAAGCCUGCAGUUCUUUUAUCAGUAAGGAUCUUAUUCCCAGAAGAACGCUAGGUAGCGAUUCUGUCCACGUGAUAUGUAAGUGGCACAAUCGCGGCCUUUAACUGUGCCGUCUCCACUCCACUCGGUCCAUUGCAGCUUGUCGCCAGCCUCGCAGUCUUCGAAGGGUCCGCAGGUCGUCCUCUAUCCACCGUGCUCGCUGUGCGCACCGUCUUCUUGUUCCUGUAGGGUCGCCCUCAAGAACCAUCAUCACCGGGUCGUCGUCCGACAUUUUUACGACGUGUCCAACCCACCGCAAACGUCCUAUUUUUGCGGUAUGCGCGAUGGAUGGUUCUACCAGCAGCUGAUGCAACUCAUGGUUGAUUCGCCUGCGCCACGUUCCAUCUUCCAUCUGCACGCCACCAUAGAUGGUACGCAUAACCUUUCGUUCGAAAAUUCCAAGGGCGUGUUCGUCCUCCACGAGCAUAGUCCAGGUCUCGUGGCCGUAGAGGACCACCGGUCUAAUCAGCGUCUUGUAGAUAAUCAACUUCGUGCGGCAGAGAAUUUUGUUCGACCGGAGCGUCCUCAGGAGUUCAAAGUAGGCACGAUUUCCCGCCAAGAUUCGUCUCUGAAUUUCUCUGCUGGUAUCGCAUUGUCGGCGGUUACCAGUGAGCCCAAAUACACGAAUUCGUCGACCAUCUCGAUUUCGUCACCGUCAAUCCCUACACAUAUCGGCUUGUGGAACGUAGCCUUUGCGCGAACUGUUCAGCUUCUCGUAGAACGUCCGUGUGUCGUUUAUGUAGUUCAGUUGUUCCAUCGCUUCGCGAUCUCGUUCCUCCUGUUGGCGCUUCUUUCUUCAGAGGACCGAGGUUUCCCUGUUCCGUGCUUGUUUGUAUCGCUCCUCAUUCUGUCUCGUUGCGUGCUGCAGCAUCCUCGCUCGUGCUGCGUUCUUCUCCUCUAGUCACUGUUGCUAUCACGAUCCUGUAGGCAUCGCCCCACGGAUUCACGUUGGCAUCCUCGCACAAAUUGUCAAAACAAUUGCUCUCUUACUGCUCUUGGUGGCCUUGUGAAAGGGCCGAUUUCGCAGCACGAAACACUUGACGGCGGUCCAUUCUAACCUCCUCGGUGCGGGCUCGCUGCAUCCUUUCGUCUAGCUUGUAGGCAAGCUGAUCGUAGGGCUGCGAUCUCUGCCAUCCACCAAUAUACCGAACGUCUGCCAUUUCUUGGCAGGGUUUUCUUCGACAUAGUCGCGUCGCACGCGCGUGAUAAGACAGCUACCAGCGCAUCCUCGCUUAGACUGUCGGUGUUGGCCUCCAGUCUCAGGGCCGCGGCGAAAGCUUCGCUGUCGAAGUGAUUGGUCUUCCACCCGCGUACCUGACAGGGAUUACCACCCGCCCUCGGAUGCUGCACACCAUAGUUGAUCCUAAAGCGUAUUGCUAUGUGAUCACUAUGGGUGUAGCCCUCGUCUACCCUCCAGUCCAUGUCUGGAACCAGACUCGGACUGGCAAACGUUACGUCAAUCCACGACUCGACCCCAUUCCUACGAAAUGUGCAAGCGGAACCAUCAUUGACUAGCACUGCGUCGAGUUUCGCAAGCGUCUCCUGAAGCGCUUGGCCCCUACUAUUUGUACAGCGGCUGCCCCACUCCACUACCCAAGCGUUGAAGUCACCCGCUGUGACAAACAGCUUCCGACCCACCGUGUCAGACGAAAGCCUAUCGAUCAUCUGGUUAAACUGUUCUAUAGGCCACCUUGGUGGGGCAUAGCAGCUAAAAUAGAACACACCAUUGAUCUUGGCAAUCGCGACACCCUCCGCAGAGGACUGUACUACCUCCUGAACCGGGAACCGUCCCGUUGUACAGAUUGUCGCCAUCCUAGACCCGUCCGCCACCCAGUUGCCGUUAUCGGCAGGGACGUUGUACGGGUCGGAUAGGAGGGCGACAUCUGUCCUCGACUCCGAUACCGACUGCCACAGCAGCUGCUGAGCGGGUGCGCAGUAGUUAAGAUUCAGCUGAGUGACGUAUGCCAUAGCUUCCUCUUUCCGGCCUCCCCGAAGGGACACGCAGGUCCGCCCAUAACAUGGUUGCGGCCCUGCUUCUUACUAGCGCAGAUAAGGCACUUGGGUACCCUCUCGCAUUUCAGCGCCUUGUGUCCCUCCUCGCCGCAGCGGCGACACAACUUGCUCCUGUCUUGGCCCUUACAGUCGUAUGACUUGUGGCCUGGCUCCAGACAUUUAAAAUACCGGUCCACUGAAGGCGGCUGGGGUAUGGUAACUGGGCAUGCUGACCAUCCGAUCUUCAACUUCGCGGCCUUGCCCUCCAUCAAGCGUUUUGAAAUCUAUCGCCUCCUGCGCCAUCGUCGCUCCACCUUGGAAGGAGAAGGCCUCGGUUUGCAUACCUCCAUCGGCCUUCUCUCUUCCCGGCAACCUCUUCAUGUAAGCUUCUUGUUCUUGUCUUGCGACUCGAACAGCCUGGCGGAGCACCAGCAGGUUUUGUUUAAGUUCCUUGCUGAUGUUGUUUUUACCGCUUGUGAACUCAAUAAUACUAUCCAGCUGCUUGUUAACCGCCUGCAUCGCGGGUAGUGGUCCGCCAAGCGUGCUGGUAGUACUAUCUCCUACCACACUCAUUGCUCCCUCGGUGCUGUUGUUUACAGCCACCGUCACUCCACUGUCAAUCCCUGUCGGGGGAGAGCUCGCCAGACCCCCUUUGGCAAAGGGGUUCAAAGCCGUAAUCAUUUCCUCCUCAUCAUUGCACCCUUUUUUAUUACUUUUAACUUGACUCAUAUUAAAUCCCACGAGUUGCGCGAGAAAAUAGGUCCGCCGCGCCAGAGCUCCGCAUUAACGUGGUAAGAGACGCUUACUGUGGGGGGUGCCCAGGUACCCCACAGGCUCCGUUAACGAUCGGGCAUCUUUUUAAUUCCCCCCCCCCCCUCCGAUAAUUCAUCCCUCGGCACGGGUCGCUUCACGCCUUGGAAUUGGGGUUAUCCCGUUUGGUGGGCCCAUAUCACCGGAACGGGAGAUCCGUAGCGCUAUUGUAUGCCGGCCACUACACGGUCCCCAUUCCCUGUCAGCAUACGAGCACAGUCCCAACGAGUUGGCUACCCGAACUUUCUUAUGGCUACUCAUCCCAGUCGGCGCCGCGGGGAGGUAGAGAUAGGAGUUCCUGGGCAAGAGGCUAAGGACUACUGUGGCUAAUCACUGGGUCUAUAUUGCGCAUUGCCCAGGCAUUUACCAGCCGUUGGUGAUAUCAGAGAAGAAUCGUCCGUCGAUUAGAACGUGAUCGAUUUGGUUUUCGGUGCGUUGGUCAGGUGGCUUUGUGGAUAUCUUUGCGGGGGAAGAAGGUACUUCGGAUUACCAUGCCACGGGAGGCUGUGAAGUUCACGCAUCGUUGGCCGUUGUCAUUCGAUACGCUAUGCAAGCUGUUUGGCCCGAUUACCGGUCUAAACAUUACCUCCCGUCCUACCUAAGCAUUCAUAUCACCGAUGACGAUUUUCACGUCCCGUUGCGAAGAGCCGUCGUACACCUCCUCCAGCUUCGCAUAGAACGCUUCCUUCUCGUCGUCGGGUGUCCUAUCGUGUGGGCAGCGUACGUUGAUGAUGCUGUAAUUAAAGAAACGGCCUUUGCAUGCAAGCACCAUGCCCCAUUAAAAAUUAGUUGAUCCGUUUGGCUUGUUGCCCACCUCGCCGCUCGAAUUAAUUUCGCUAUGGAGCCUCGUCCCUGAAGGUGUAUCCCCGUCAUAACCGCAUUUUGUUACUUCCACCAAUAUGGCGUCCUUUUCUCCGUCGAAAGGUCUCGUCACAAGCUCUUCAAAUCACUGCUUUACUUUCACUACUUCUGCAAAUUGUGUACUACACUCUUCUAUCGUUUCCCAAUUUCACACGAGAAAUCGAAAAUUCCUCUUUAACAAAACGCGGUGUACAGUUGUGAUUCGCUGGUUGGACACUUUUUAACUGGACCGCUUUUUAGUUGGACCUCCGCUAGUUGGACCAUUGUCCAACUAAAAAGUAUCUGAAUGUCAAAAUCUUAUGUCAAAUUUGCUUUGAAAAUCAAUUUGACAAUUAUUAGAGAUGUGAACAGAUACAAUUGCGCUACUAACGUCUCUUUUCGAGAGUUUUUGACAUCUGCCAGUCGGUCCAACUAACGAAUCAAAUUCGUUAGUUGGACAAAGGUGUGGCCCAACCAGCGAAUCACGACUGUACUCGAAACAAAACCGACACGCCUGAAGCAUGGUUCAAAAGUGUGUGUGAUAAUCGCAGCAAUCGGAUCAUUCGUUCGAAAGGCUCGUUUCCAAUGCGAUCGAAUUUGUGCGAUACUCAAUCAUGUACCAACUCGAUACCUGAUUUUCAGAAGGUACCCAGUUAACUAAAAGGCGGCUAGGCGGGUUAAACUAGAUGCUGGCGAUCGGUAGGCUAUUGAAACUAGGCUACCCGCCGUAAAUUACCGUUUACUGUAAAAGUAAUGUGCACUGAGAAUUAAAAAUAUGCAGUUAGCAUACAUUCUAUUCCCCUCUCUUUUAUUCUGCUGUGAUUUUCAAUUCAAGCAUUCAAUGAGUGGAUUGACCGAAUAUGUGUAAUGCAUAAAAUUUACAACAGAAGAAACGAGAGGCAGAUAGAAAAGUAUGCUAUCGAUGAAAAAAUAAAGUUCUGCGUGUUGGUACCUACAAAUCAAAUUAAAUUCCUUGGAAAUCUAAAUAAGUUCUUCAAAUAUCUCAAUGACUUAUUUUUAGCGUCUUUUCUCACCCGAUUCUGACUCAAUCAGUUGUUGAAUUUAAGCUGUAAUCCAUACUAACUCCAUUCAGUUUUCCGAAUGGUUUGACUGUCAAAUACGAGCUAUACACUGAGAAAAAAAUGCGUAGAAUAGCCGUUUGUCCGAACAAUGCCAAAAAUAUAUUUUAUUCAGAACGUUUUUAGAUUAGUUCUUUUUUUGACAAACCAAUCGAAGGAUGUUCCGCAAAAGGCAGUUACUAUUUUGGAUCCAAUAAACAAAUUCCCGCAUUAGUUGUAUACCUGUCCAGAUAUUAUUCCAGAGCUACCACCGUAGGGCAAGUUGCAAAUUUACACUAUUACAACUGACAACGAUACCAGAUGCAGGAAAAAAAGUUUUACCUACCGUUCAGAUUGAUGUUGUCAUACUCAAAAUAUUCUGUUAGAUGAAUGGGCUCCGUUGGUUCAGUCCUGGUCAGUCUUAUGACUCAAAUUGAUAGCAGAUUUACCGACCCAAAAGGGAUAUUUUAACCUUUGUUUUGAACUACCUAGGACUAGUAAGAAUCAAUGAAAACAUUUUUGUUACUCAAUGCUCGAACAAAACAAUGGAAUCUAAAUGUGAUGUAUACUUUUAAGUCAUAAGGCAUAACAAUGCAGUUCUAUUUUAUUCUGUCGAUCAACAAAACUCUUUAUAUAAAUGUUUGAUCCCAUGCAAAAAGGUCAUGGUUACCUACGCCACCCCUAUAUAGGAAUUAGAAUAAAGUUAGAAAUGACAGCAACCCCUCGUGUGUUAGAUUAAGAAAACUGAAACUUAAAUCGGAACGCGUAAGGGAAUGACAGUCCUAAGCAGUCAAAUGGCACCGUUGCUUUUGUUUAGUUGAUUGUAAAAUUCGCCAAUUCUGGUUUUGUUGUUGUUUGUUUGCAUGUUGUGGAAGGAUGUUAGACGGAAUAAAAAAUUAAUUUGAUUUUCAAGACUAGAUCAAAACUAAGCUGGAUUAUUCAGGAACGAGACAAAAAAAAUUAAUCUUUUUUUUGUAGGUUGAGGGUGCUUCCUCUCUAGUCUCUAGAAUUAAUAUUAUAAAAGGAGUUUUCAAAUCGAAUAUUUCAAUGCUCUAGAUGCAGUAAGAAAGUAGUUUGUAGUAGUCCGUUCAAUUGCUUUAUUUGGUAUUUUAGCUUUCAGCACUACACUUAUACUAACAGCACUCAACAGCACUAGCCCAACAAAUGCACUCAGAUUACUUGUAGUCUCAUGAAUGCACACUUAUCUCUCCAUUGUUGGAAAUCAAUCAGAUAUCUCAACCAAACGAUUAUUUUACUUUUCUUUUUUUGUGUUUUUUUUUCUCCGAAAUUAUAUAUUUGGAUCCAAAUUCACCCAUCCAACACACCCAUCUAUAUAAAAACUCGCAUCACCGGACAUUCCGCAGAUACAACCUGGAAACCGAUCAGGUGGUGAACCAUCUGCCGUACCAACCGCUGGCCGAUCUGGAGCUGGAAAACAUCGAUAUGUUUGCGUCGUCCUACACCUGAGUGGUGGGUUGCAGCGAACCUACCUGCCGCCGCCGCCCCCAUUAAUCGCUGGAACGAAAAUCAAAUAUUACCUUCUACUCUUACACACACAGACAGACACACAAUAGUUUUACGUCUGAUAGUUUGUAGUGGCUCCCCCUCUGGGUAUCGUCUAUACUGUAUGUUUGUGCCUUAUUUUUAAAGAUACUUUUUUUUCUCGAGCCGAUUCGUUUGCAUACCUUUUUUCUGUUGAGAGGCACGUGAAUGGAGUGAAAAAAACUGAGAUUGAAAGCAUGUAGAUGUUACGUUACAUUCGUUACUUUUUUUAAAACAUAAUGGCAGUGUAGUGUACUUUUUUACGGUUGCGAAAACAAUUUUGUAAAUUUUGAUACUGUUAGCUCAUAACAUAUAUGCAUUCUAUUGUGUAACUGAGGGUAUUUCGAUGUUACGAUUAGUGUUAGUUUAAUGGUUACUUAUCUUUUUGUAGUUUAUUUUAUUUUCGUGCCGAAAAUCAAAAGUUUGAUUGCUGAAAUAGGGGAGAUGUUUAGUGUAAGAACUAGAGCGACAGUCAGCGUUACAAAAAAAAAACGUGAAACUACGGCAACAAUUAAUGUUAGGUGCAACAAGGGCAAACCCUGCGGACAUUAUCCAUUCAUUGAAAAGGUAGGUAGUCGCUGGAAGUGAACCACACGCAAUAGAAGGAGAAAAUUCAUGAGUGUUCUUUGUGCUUUCAUUUUGUGAUAAGUCAGGGUGGCAAUCUGCUGAUGGAUUUCCUUUCCACUUUACUAAUCCUAAAUAAACAACAGGACAAAUAGAAAAUCGAUGGUUUCAAAACUGAUAUUACUUGAGCAGGAACGUUUUAAAUUGAUACGUGGAAAUUUUCCCAACUAAACUUUAAUACAACGAAUAAAACAAAAAAAUCUAAAUUAUCGGCAGAAGAAAAAUCCCAUGUCAAUAGAGUAAUCGGUGGAAUAAUAAUUUUCAGUAACUGAAAAUGGUGCAAUUUGUAGUUAAAAACGAAAACAAAACAAAUUUUAGAGCUUUUAUUUUCUAAAAAUAUAUUUCCUACUUUUUCCGUGUAUCUGCGGCCUGCAAAUCGUUUGACGUACACACCGCGGUUGCCAACAUCGGCUCACAUCUCGCUGACACGGAAAAACGAUUUCAAGUUUUUUCGACAUUUUGAAUGCGUAACCGUGGCUAAACGGUGAUGAAAAGCACUUACGAACGACAAGAAAAUGUUCGUCCUUUAUCAUAAUAUGUGUCUUACUGAUGUAGAAAAAUGUGUCCCGCUAAACAAAAAAAUCUCCACGAGCUGUAUGAGUAACGUAACGUGAGAAGAAUUUUGCUUUGCCGUUAAACACUGUUCUCUAAAUAUACAUUUAAAAACAAAACGAGUGAGAUGAAUGUUCUGUGUAUAUUUUCUUAUCUUAUAUGCAAAAAAAAAAUACGAAUUUCAGCUAUUCCAAGAAUAGUGCCAUACAAAUGAGAACGGCCCCCAGCUGGUUUGUUCCAACAAAAAAUUGAAAUUAAACUUGUAUGUUUAAACUAUACUCGAUAAGAAUAUCACACGUCUUUGAAUCAAUGUGCUUUACAACUUUAGUAUCAAACGUUACGCGAAGAAAGAAAGAGAAGAAAAAAAACAAACGCAAUGGUUCUAAUUUUUUACACAUAUUACUAAAUUCCAAGGAAGGUAGUUAGGCCAAAUGAUCGCAACGCAAGAAUUUUAAAAGAUGUUUGGAAAGAUUUUUUAAAAACCUAUUUUGAUUGAAACAAUCUUAGUAGCAGAAAAUGAAUAUUUUUCCCAAGAUAAGAAACUAUAAAAUUAAAUAUAAAUAUUUACCCGCGCAUCCCUGGAGAAUUCCAUCGGUUUCAUAGUCGGAAUAGGACAAAUUUCCUGAGAAUUUGGAGUAUACAAACUGACGGCGCUUGUGAGCGUUAGCUGGAACGAGUUUACUUAAGAUAUUUAGAAAUAUUGCAGUUAUAAAAAGUCAAUUGAAAAUAACCGUUUCCCCCUACCGGAAAGAGGAUUACAAAUUAUUUCAACUGAAGCAGGCACAUUUACGCUGCUGAAAGCGACAGCAAAUUGCAUACCUGAGGAAAAGACGAUAACACGUUUUAUCACCUAUUAUAUCAUGAAUCAUAAACGAACAAAAAACAAAUAGUUAUACUCACAAACAGUAGUAUGUAUUGGAGUUUUACCGAACCGAAGGGCCCACAAACUUGAUUAGCAGAUGAUGAGAAGGAUGAAAUAAGACCAGUAUCAGUCAGCGAACGCUGCAAAUAUUUACGAAUCGUCCCAAAUAGUAGAGGUUACAACGAUUCACAGAUCUACACAUUCACCCAAAAAAAACUCUUGCAAACCACAGUCAAAUAUAUGAAUCGUAUACGUCCAAAGAAUUCCUUUAUUAUACACGAGAAUACCUAUAUAGUACAUACUGCGCGGAGGGACACCUAUAUAGAUACAGACUUGAGCUAUACGACACGAUGCCUUUAGAAUUGAAACUGAAACCAAAAUGAGCACGGCGACGUGCUCGUGUGUGAAACUGAGAAUUGGUACCAAGAUAAUUUAAAUCGUUCCCCUCCAAACAUAUUGACAGACGGACAGACAAACAGACACGUGAAUAAAAUUAAAACACACACUAAAUCUAAACGAUAAUUAAUAUUAAAUGUUGUUGAUAAAACAAUUUGAAGAAAAAAACAAACAGCUGAAAAUAAACUGAAAGUGGUAAAUGGAUACAGUUCCGGAAGGAAGAUCAAUACCGCGUGCAAAAUGUAAGAUUAUAUGUAUUGUGCUUAACAAAGUAAAAUCUUUAAACAAA